UGGUUGCAAAGCUGAACAUUGUGAUUUUCCAAGGUCCACUUUUAGUUAGUUUCUACACGUGCAUAAUGCAUACAAGGAAAAAUUCCAACUUUGACGCCAAAGAGCUCAGCUGCCAAUAAAAGAAUCAAAAACCAAUCUAAGAUCAGAACUAAAACUUUUGUUUGAUUCUUUUGUUGGGUUUUGAACAAUCACAUUAAUGAAUUCUAAAAAUCUUGUAAGGAGAGAAAAACAGACGUUGAAAGCGUUAGAAACCCUUGAAGAGGAUGAAGAGUACAACUGGAAAGAAGUUACGUUACCUUCAUUUAUUCCUGUGGUACCGAAACCUGAACUCGAUAGAGAAACAGGUGAAAGGAGGAGAGGCAGAGACAUUGUGGUAGCCAUUGAUCAUGGGCCUAACAGCAAGCAUGCAUUUGAUUGGGCCUUGAUCCAUCUUUGCCGCCUGGCUGACACCAUUCAUCUUGUUCAUGCCAUCCUAGAUAUGAAAAAUGUCCUUGUUUAUGAUACGACGGAGGGACUCCUGGAGAAGCUUGCAGUUGAGGCACUGCAGGUGGCAAUGGUAAAAACUGUGGCUCGUAUUGUACAAGGGGAUCCAGGUAAAGUAAUCUGCCGAGAAGCAAACAGGUUAAAGCCAGCAGCUGUGGUCAUGGGCACUAGAGGCAGAGGCUUAAUCCAAAGUGUGCUGCAGGGUAGUGUGGGGGAGUAUUGCUUGCACAACUGUAAAGUGCCUGUCAUAAUUGUUCCUGGAAAAGCCGAGAGCGCACCGUUGAUGUAGUGGAAAUAGCAACAGCAGUUAAGAAAUUGCAAGUCAUGUGAUGGAAAAACAUAUUAUCAGAUAUGCAAUUAGUAAGUUUACUAUUAUUUACAAUACUUUGUGUAUGUCACUCCUCGUUAGCAUACAUGAGUUUCUGGGGUGGGAAUGCAAGCCGAUCGAGUUGUAGUGUCGAUUGAGAGCUUGAAGCAGGAAAUCUUUUGUUCUUCAUCCUUUUCUAAAUGUUGUGUCCGUGCAAGGUUUAUUCAACUAACCUGCUGUUGCAAAAUUGUGGUAUUUGAUUAACUGGCUGCAGAAACUACUUCAAGCCAACAAUUGUGCUUUACAAGGAUCGUCAUUGUUAGUCUUCCCAAUUUUUAGCAACUUGGCCUGUUGUUCAAAAUAGCAAGCUUUACCUUUUCCCAAGUUUCAGAUUCUACACAAAACUUGGUUUGUCUCAGGAAUGGCGAUUGCAAUCGUAAUUAUGAUUCCUACACUGCAGACUUGGAUGGAUAGGACUUCUUCAGGUUAUUGUUUUACUAAUUUUGUGGUCUUGUUUGCCUUGGGCCAAAAUUAUUUAACAAAGAUAGAUUUCCCACCAUUAUAUAUUCCAUUCAAAUUUGAGCGCUGA